AAAGAUUAAAUUGAUCAGAACUAAUUAACCGGAUCUGAAGAAUGGCGGACGAAGUGAUUCUUCUUGAUUACUGGCCAAGCAUGUUCGGGAUGAGGACGAAGAUGGCUUUGGCUGAGAAAGGAGUCAAGUAUGAGUACAAGGAAACAGAUCCAUGGGUUAAGACUUCUUUGCUCUUAGAGAUGAACCCCAUUCACAAGAAGAUUCCGGUUCUCAUCCACAACGCUAAACCGAUUUGUGAGUCUCUUAUUCAGCUGGAGUACAUCGAUGAGGUUUGGUCCGAUGCAUACACAAUCCUUCCCUCUGAUCCUUACCAGAAAUCUCAAGCUAGAUUCUGGGCUGAUUUCAUCGACAAAAAGUUUUACGACCCAUCAUGGAAGGUAUGGGCAACAAUGGGCGAAGAACAUGCCGCAGCGAAGAAGGAAUUGUUGGAACAUUUCAAGACACUUGAAACAGAGCUUGGAGACAAAUCUUACUAUGGUGGUGAAGUAUUUGGAUACGUAGACAUUGCAUUGAUGGGAUACUACAGCUGGUUCAAGGCCAUGGAGAAAUUUGGUGAAUUCAGUAUCGAAACAGAGUUUCCUAAAUUGACUACGUGGACCAAGAGGUGUUUAAAAAGAGAGAGUGUGGUUAAGGCAUUGGCUGAUUCUGAUCGGAUCAUUGAGUAUGUUUAUGUCAUGAGGAAGAAAUUUGGAGCAGAGUAGAUCAUUUGGUGUUUUGUCGACUCGAAAAUAUAAAAUGGUUUGGGUAUCAAGAAGACUGUUAUAUUCUGUGUUUUUCUAUGUUUCAUGUGAGAUUUGUAAUUGUUUUGUUGAAACUUGAAAGUAUGAUUAACCAUAAUAAAAAAAAAUGUUUACUGUU